AUGUCGAUCCGGACGCAGCUACGAAAGGCGCGAGUGUUGUUUAUGAAGGCGCCGACUCAGUGCGUUGUGUACGGGAGCUCGAUUCCAGUGACUUGCUACGUGGUCGUCCACUUACUCGACGCUCCCUUCACUUACAACGUUUUAGAGAGUCACUUCUUCUCUCAGGCCGGAGUUUUAAGCAUCGAGCCUAGGGCAUUUGUGUCUUACGCAGUCGUCCAGAUGCGUUCCGUGUGGGUCUAUGCAUUGGUUUGGCACUUCGUGGUGUACGUUUCGGCUUUGCGUGACAUCAUCCGUACAAACCAAAUGCACAUCGGAGUGCUGGGAGUUCCGGAGUUCUUACUGAGCGGGUUCUCAAGCGUCACCCUGAUGGCCGAGUACCGAUCGACUUCCUUCCGAUCGUCGAAGAUAUUGAGAUCAACGGUGCUCCCCGAUAAUGUUGGAAGCGGGUGGGAGGCGGCCAAGUACCAAUACAACUUUGCUCGACGAGGCCAAGGCAGCGUGUUACUAGGUGGAGUGCUGAUCGAUCUCAAGUUUCUGAUCUGCUUACUGUUCCUGCUUGCGGCGAUAUGGGCAGUGCACGAGAUGUGGUCGCACUAUUGGGACUGGAAGCAGAGACAUUGGCAUUGGGCUGUCCUACCUCCGACCCCAGUGCCAUACUCGGCGGGGAUUCUAUGGCCGACUGUGAGUGUGUGCGUUCAAUGGCCGACCGACUACUACUGCAUUCGAGAUGCGCGACAUCGGGGACCGCUAGUGCCUAAAAUGGUGGAGAGGAAACCGUAUAUCCACCGCUGCCCCUUCAAGUCAAGGCUGAUAUGGUGGAAGCCGAACCAAAGUGCACGCGUGAUUGCUUCGCUAAGUGCUAGACACUCCAGGUACCUCCAGAAAGAGAUACACUUGCGACUCACACGCAGACAUAUCAAUCCGUACCGGUGCAUCCAACACCGUCUCAAGUGUCUACACUGGCGGUCGGACGACGUCGAGGCCAACGUGGCGUUCAUCAACGCUGUUCUGAUGAGCGACCCGUACGUGUACUUGAGUAUGAUGCUCGGGUGCGAUCGCUUGACGAAGCUGGCAUACUAUCAGUCCGUGUGGCGGUCACGUCAGAUUCUGCUGCUGCCUGAAGUGGUGGUUAGCAGCCUCAAUCCGUACACCAGCGGACUGAAGCUGCUUCGUCGAGUCCACCCAUCCGAGCUCUCAUGGUCCGAGCUCGUGCAAUGUGGCUAA